GCUGUAUCGUGGGAUACUCGUCUCCUCAAGGUCGUGUUGGCAUCCUCUCGACGUCCUCUUUGAAAAUGUUGAUGUGCAUAUAUGGGCAAUAAUAUUUCUGACCCCUCUAUUCACUUAGUAAAAAGCGACUGUUUGAGAGGCGGAUUUGCGAUCUAUAAAAAUGAUAAUUAUGAGGUUUCAUUCCAUCAUACUGUUCAACCUACAUAUAACAAGUUUCGCAUUAUCAAGUACCUUAAGACACAUACGACAACUAAUAGAAAUGAUGAUUCGCAAAGUGAUGUGAAAAUUAGUACGUGUGCAAACGUGCUUGCGUGUGAUGAUCUACUCAGCUCGUCGGUAAGUUAUUUCAACUGUUGCUGCUACUAAUCAAGAUACCUGUUAGGCUGCGUCAUCCGUCUAUUCUUCGUGUCCACAAGGCUUGUUCUGAUGGACUUAACAGUUUGUACUUGGUGGUUGAAAACUCAGUCCCAUUUAGUGCUUUCGUUACCAAUCCCACAAUGGAUGACCUACUAGCUGGGUCCUAUAGUCUUCUCUCUGCUCUCAACUUCCUGCAUAAUACACUUGGAGUUUCGCACAAUAACGUGGAUACUACCAGCGUAUUUAUUGGUUCGAAUAUGUGUUGGAAGUUGUGCGGUUUUGAGCUCGCUCUGGAAUUUAAGAAUAUGUCUGCUGACCAUAUACGAAGAAUUGAAGCUUUAAAGGGACAACAAGACGCAAAAGUGGGUCAAACAAAAUUAUUUGACGCUUUUCAGGCUUUAAAUUUUGAUCCGGCGUAUGCCUUCUGUUAUGAUAUAUAUUGUUUUAGCCGAAUGAUUUGUACGCUAACUGAUAUAGGAGAAGGUUUUGUACUUCCUCACUCAUAAUUGUUUUAUUUCCGCAGGUCCUCUCUAUAAUCUCGUACAGGUUUUAAUUAACUCUUGCAUGCAUAGUUUACCCAAAGCGCGUAUACCUUCUGACCACCUAUUAGCUCACCCAUCUUUCAAGAGCCCAUAUAUAUCCACAUUGGAUUUUUUAGACACAUAUGUAAGUCGUAGUGAUGAGGAGAAGGAAGUGUUCUUCAGAUCAUUUACAGAAAAAGUAUUUAACAGGAUAUCAGAAGAGUUAUUUUGUCACAACAUUUUACCAAAAAUGUUCGAAAACACUAUCUUUCUUGAUUAUCCGGCUCAAACCCUACUUGCGCAGAUUUUCCACGCUUUCGAAGAAAACCUUCAAGAGUCACCCAAAUCCAAAUUGAUCAUAUCUCUUCGAAAUUUUCAGAAGUUUGUCAAUCCUUUAAUUGUUCAGAAAUUUAUGGUUAACGAGAGACACACGCGUAUUUUGUUACUUCAGCACUUCACUGGCUAUUUAAAAAUAUUAACUGAUAGUGAUUUGUUAAAUGUGAUAUUACCACAAAUAUGUCGUGGAGUUUUCGAUAGUCAUAAUGCACUAUCAGUUUUAAGUUUACAAGCGUUAGGAUGUCUUGCUAGUCGUUUGAAUGCUACUGUUGUUUUAAAUCAUUUACGUCGGAUCGAAGAAAGCCUAUGUAAAUCUGGCAGUUUAUCUAAUAAUUUUAAUCAUAGUACGAGCACUGACGGAAAUAAUAGAUUUGUUACUUAUGUAUGGCCUCGUAAUAAUCUAUUUUAUGAAGCUGCACCAAAAAUUAAUCGAACUAAUCGGGAAAUUCCUUUAUGUGAGAAGAAACAAACCCAUGUGUUAAAUGAAUCCAGUCGACCGUUAGCUCAAUUGGCCGUUUUUUCUCCAAAUUAUGAUCCAUCUAUGAAUUCCUGUUUUUUAAGCUGUACGGAUGACCUUUCCACUGAUUCUCGUCCAUGGAAUAGUGAUGUACUUAAACUGUCAAGUACUAUAACGGGAGCCAGUACCAUUACUUAUACUCUGACUACUGCUACUACUACUACUGCCAUUAAUAAUAAUUGUCGUCAAUUGGAUGAAGUCGAAAAAUUUCAGUGCAAUACUGAAAAUACAUUUGAUGAAAAUACUAAAUUUUCUAGUUUAGUUGAUAAACCCGUGGUACAUUAUUCAUCAUCAUCGUCAAGGGAAUUGGUUGUUAACGGAAAAUCAUUAGUAUAUUCUGAAAGCAAUUCUAAUUGUUUGAAUAACCCUGUAGAAAUUUCUAAUGAUGAACGUGAAAUUGAUACACUCCUUACAUUGAUGGAACCUAAAAUUGUACAGCAACCUAUUCCAUUUUCUCCUCUCAGGUACACAGUUAUUCCUGAUGAAAUGGAAAUAAACCGAUUGAGCGGACUAUCAUUAGAACAGUCAGCUGAUGCGGAUACUGAAACCAAUGGAUGGGAAGAUGCAUGGAAUACAGAUCCAUGAACAGAUCAAGCAUUCUGUGACGAUUGUGAAAUUGUUUAUUACAUUUUCUUUUCAUUGUUCAUUUCUCUCCUUUGUUUUUACUAUUAAAGGUAUGGUUUAUUUUGUGAGUGGUAUGUUUGUUUUCUUUCUUUUAUAUUCUUUCUCAUUUGGUUUUAUUACUAUUUCUGUAAUAUUUUUGUUAAGAUAAUAAACUAGAUUUUGAAUCAUCUGAGAAUAUUUACAUGUUUGUAUUUAUUUUAAUUUUUGAGCCAUUGUAAUUUUAUUUGUCAGGUAAUCACUAGUUUUUUUCUUCUUGUACAAAAGGUUAAUGAAAAUUACUAUUCUCUUAGUUCAUGUCGUUUGUCUUUUUUCUUUCACUAUUCAUACACAUUGUUAGUUUAAUAUAGAGAUGAUUAGAUUGGUUUAAUUUAUCAUUAGAUUUGUUUUAAUUUUGACGAAUAGAUUGGCAUUGAUGUCCAAA